AUGUUGGAUCGUUCUAAGUACGAAGAGUUACGUGGGUGGUGGGCUGGUCAAUAUGGAUUAACAGUACGAGGAUUAUUUGGUCUAGCUGGAGACUCAUCUGAAUUAGAAACUGAGGGGUGGACUUUGGCGGUUGAAGGGAGACGAUCAAGAUAUACUCCACGUCCAUUGUAUGCUCCAUCGCUUGGUCGUUUGACUAGUUUUGCUCGUUCAUGUUGUUUAUUUCGAAGUGAAUAUGAUGCAUUUGCUUCACUGUAUGGAUCGUUGGAAUCGAAGUCAUGGGAAUCCCUUAAGAGUAUUAAGUUACAUGAUUUUGGCAGGUGUAACCUAGCGUAUGUAGAGCUAAGCACGAUUAUUACCAUGUUCUUCGACUGGCCGACAUAUCUUAGACGAACUGCUUGUCCUCAAGCCGCAGAACAGCUCCUCAGAAACCUCACCAGAAUGCCCACCGCUACACCCGCGGAGUUCAUUGAACCACGUACCCGCCAAUCCCUUCAAGCGAAACAAGACAAACGCGGCAACGAACUCACACCAGAAAACGCUCCGGAAACUGCUGCCUCCGAAGCUGCUGCUUCCGAAGCUGCUACCUCCGAAGCUGCUGCCUCCGAAACUGCAGGCCGGAACCUCGUAGCGGCAGUCCGCUACAGUGGCCGCUGGUGGGUGUCGUGGGAAUCCGAUUUGAUCAACUCUGGACAACUAAAAUGUUACAGCGAUCAGGUCUUGAAAUACCCUGCUCAAUCACUCUAA